AUGUCUCGUAUUAACAUGGAUACAAGACACGCACACUCCGCUCUGCUGGCAGCACCACAUGGUGCUGCUGCAAACAGCAGGAGCGGCAGCAGCAACGGCAGCGGAAGCAAUAACAACAAUGUCGGCGUUAGUGACCAUAUCGACAAUGUCAGUGCGGUAAGUAUCGACGAUGGACCCCACUUCAAGGAUAUCUUUCACUACGAACACGAGGGAAACUACAAACUCGCAAGCAGCGGUAUCACUAACCUGAAUUCUUCUUCCCAAGCUCAUCAAACUUUGUCUCCCAUAUCCAUUAGUAAUGCCUCCACUCCGGAAAGUUUCCCCGAACAUCCCUUGGGCUUAGAGCAGGAACCAGAAGUGGCGCCGGAAACAGGAGUGGAAGGGGAAGUUCUACCACCACACCAGACCAAGUACCUUUUGAACUCCAUUAAAGCCACUAAACGAUUAAAAGACGCGAAACCGUUUCUGAACCCGGUUGACCCUAUUGCUUUGAACAUCCCGCAUUAUUUCAACUAUGUUCAAACCCCAAUGGAUUUGUCCUUAAUUGGAAAAAAAUUGCAGGAAAGCACGUAUCAUUCAGUAGAGCAGGUCAAGUCGGAUUUCAGAACAAUGGUCAAUAAUUGUUUAUCCUUUAAUGGUCUGGAAUCCUCGGUCUCUCUUAUGGCUAAAAGAAUUCAAAUAUAUUUUGAAAGAAAAUUAUCUGCAAUGCCACCAAGAGUUUUACCCGCUUCUGCUUUGAAGAAAACAAGCAGAAGUCGGAAGAAAAACGAGGAUUCGGAUUCUCCACUUGUCAUCAGGCGUUCAGUAAGUGCUGCUAAUGACAAUAAUGGUGAAAGCGGAAAUCGAGAAGGUACUAGUGGUGGUAGGCCUAAAAGAACUAUUCAUCCACCGAAAUCAAAAGAUUUGUUUGAUAUAUAUGAAAACUCUAAACCUAAAUCAAAAACUUUACAAAAAAAAUUCAGAACCUGCCUGAAAAUCUUAAGGAUUUUAGGAAGUAAGAAAAAUUCGGACAUAAAUUUUCCUUUUUUGCAGCCUGUUGAUCCAAUUGCUUUGAAUUUACCAAAUUAUUUUGAGAUUAUCAAGAAUCCGAUGGAUUUAGGCACGAUAUCAAAUAAUUUAAUGAACUGGAAAUACAAAACAGUCGAUCAAUUUAUUAAUGACGUCAAUCUUGUUUUUCUUAAUUGUUUUCAAUUCAACCCGGAAGGCAACGAAGUCCAUCUAAUGGGUAAGAAACUAAAAGAACUUUUUAGUGUUCAUUGGCUAGAAAACCAGAAUGUUUUAAACGAAAUUGAGACGGAUUCAGAUAUUGAAGAAGAUGCCUAUUCUUCUUCAUAUUCAUCUGAUGAUGAAUAUGAUGAUGAAGACAUAAACGAAAGUGAUAUAACUAAUCCGGCCAUUCAAUAUUUAGAACAAAAACUAAUGAAAAUGGAGGUUGAAUUGCAACAGUUGAAGAAGCAAGAAUUAAGUAAAUUAUCGAAAAGAAGAGGGAGAAAAUCCCCGAACAGGUCCCUUCUGCGCAGAAGAAUGAGUAAGCGUUCAGUUGAUGAUUUGAAGAAAUUCAUCACUGAUAAUAUUAAUGAAUUAAAUAAUCUGGAAAUGAAUGGAAUGAUACAGAUUAUCAAAAAUUCAUUACCCAAAGACGAAAUACUAACUUCCAAUGAAGAUGAAAUUGAGAUUGAUUUAGAUAUUUUAGAUGAAGGGACUGUUGCAACUAUCUACGAAAAUUACUUCGAGAAGAAAAAUAGCGGUAACAAAAAAAGAAAAUCAAAUAGUCGCUACUCGGCAGAGCAACUCAACAAGAGAAAGAAGACGUUGAAAUUUUUAGAAAAGGAUGAAAUCAUCAAUAAUGAAUAUUCCGGUUCUGAUGAGGACAGUAGCGAUAAUAGCGAUAGUGACAGUGAUUAA